AUGAGCACCGGCCUGUGGCUGGCUUGGGUGAGCCGGUGCAGAGAGGAUCUCCUCAAUCUGCUGCGCAGCCACAGGCACGGUGGGGCCAAGGUGUUGGAUGUGGAGGCCGUGCCCAGCGGUGGUUGGCCCGCGUCGUCUGAAGAUAUCACGACACGCAUGUCGGAUGGUGUUGAGGCGGGCGAGAAGGUUGUGAGGGGGUCGGUCUGGUCGCACAAGUUGGACACGCUUCCUGCGCGGGAUCAGAGGUCGCAGCAGGGCAAGCUCGGUAUCGAUAUCACGCAGGAGAAACGAAUCCCGCUUCUCUGCGGAGCUGGCAGUGGUGGCAGUGAGGUUCGCCAUGAUGAUUGGAGCUCCUCAUCGCCGCGGCGAUGCGAUGCUGCAGUCUACCUUCGGAAUUGGGUGGGCGUCGAAUCGCAUCGUCGUAGCGACCUAUCGCAUCGUCGAGGCGAUGGGAUCCAGUUCCUGUCACUUGACCCUCACCAGAUAGGUCACUUCCCUCGCACAUGA